AUGAAAAUAAAUAAUGAAGCCUUGAAUCAGGAUAUUCCUGUUGUUGCAAAUCAGGAAGGAGAUUUUAAGUAUUCAAGAAUUUCAGACCUAACAAAAAAGCUAAUGUGGUUUUCAUUUCCUUAAAUUGAUCAUAAUUAUUCAAUAGCUAGUUUUGAUUAAGCUAUGUUAUUUAUGGUUAAGUUAUAUUCAUUUCUAGCUGGGAUGAUCUUAAGUUUAUAUUUAAUGAUAGUAAUUUUAUAUUUCUGUGAUGACUUUCGAUGGAGUUUAAUUUAAAUAGUUGGGCUUAAAGAAAAGCAUUAUUCGUUUGAUUAUUAGACAUCAGCAACUAUUUUUUAUUGGACAAACAUGAUGUUUACAAUUGGUCUUGGAUUUAUAAUAAACAUCUUUAGAUCAACAAGAAAGGUAUUCAACUUUACUAAAAUAGUUUCCGUUUAAUAUCAUUUUUUACAUAGUAUUCUCAUUUUGUAUUGGCCUUCUAUUAGGAGCUCCUAUUGCAACAAAUUUAAGGGCACAUAAAUAAGGAUUCAUCAUAAUCUUAUAUUUAUUUUGUAUGACGAUUGGAACAUUUGCUUGCAUUAUUAUUUUUACAUUUAAAAAAUGGAUCCUGGACAAAUCAAAUUGUAUUUUAUCACAAUAAUAUUUAGACAUACUUGUACUUAUUUUUCUUGUUAUGGUUUUUUUGCUAAUUAUUUUUUUCUUUACCAUGAAAGCUUUUUUAGGAGUGUUAAUUGGAGGGGCAAUUUGCCAUGUAAUUUAUAGUUUUCUUAUGUUGUUUGAAGCAUAAAUGAUUAUGCAUGGAAAAGUAAUUAUAUCUUAACGGUAGUUUUUGCUUAAAACAAACGAAUUUAUAGGUGGAGCACUCUUAUUUUACAUUGAUAUUACUGUGUUUAUAAUAUAUCUAAGCUUCACUGCUGUUAUUACUUUAAUCGUUGGUUUUUGUAUAGCGCUUGGCCAGGCUUGUGCACAUAUUAAUUGA